AUGCUCUCACUGAAAGGAUCAAUUCAGCCGGACCCCUUUUCUCCAUAUCAUGUCCCGCAACCUGCAGUCCCGUUCACAAAUAUUGACCUAGAAGUAGAAGUUGACGAUCUUAUUAAUGAUAGCGACGAAGAAGAUCUGUUCGGUCACCUGGGUCGGGCAGCAGACGAAGCACUCGAAAGAGCGGCCGCCGAGAAAGAACGCUUGAAGAGCGAGAACGUAGGGGAAAAGGAGAAGAAGAAACGAAAGGAGAAGCGAAAGGAACGACAAGACAAAGGGAAAGAAUUAGCGACUGCACUGGGAGCCUCUGUGGCUGGUCAAGUAGAGCUAAGUAAAGAGGAGAAACCACCUAAGAAGCGCAAGAAACCCGUCAAGCGUAGAUGA